AUGUCAGCACCAAAGGAAGAAACAGUUGCCGAGCAACCAAAGGCCGAGGAGGCACCAAAGGCUGAAGAGGGAAAGGAUGCUAAGCCAGCUUCUAAAUUCUCCCUUGGCUCAAAGUUUGGAGGUCAUUCUUUCGGAAAAAUUACACCAAAGCCAGUUGCCGAUAAAGCAUCCGCAACUGCUGCUAAGGAAGAGGCUGUCGAUGAUAGCCAUACAGAAGCACCAUCCUCAGCUGCUGAGCAAGCUGAUCCAGACUCAGAUGAGGAUGCCCUCUUCAACGACAGAGCAAUGCUUUACCGUUUCGAUAAAAAUAACAACGAAUGGAAGGAGCGCGGUGUUGGUUUCAUGAAGAUUCUUCAGAACAAGGAAACAAAGAUGUGCCGUAUUCUUAUGCGCCGUAAUCAGACAUUUAAGGUUUGCGCUAACCACUUCAUUCUCCCACAUAUGGAACUCAAGCUUAACCAAGGCUCUGAUCGUGCUUAUAUGUGGAACGCUGUAGAUUUCGCUGAUGGUCCAGAUACACCAUCCCAUGAUGUUCUCUCUGUUAAGUUUAGAAAUGCUGAAACUGCUAACGCUUUCAAGAAGGCCUUCGAGGAAGGUAGAACACAGAAUGCUCAACUUCUCAAGGAAAAGGAAGCUAAGGAAGAGAAGAAGGAGUAA